ACGCGACGGCUCAGAGCUCCCUCCGCUCCGCACCCGGCGGACAGUGGCUGCUCAUCGCCCGGGCCUUGCACCUCGGUCGAACAUGUUCUCCAGGGCCCAGGUGAGGCGGGUUCUGCAGCGGGUGCCCGGGAAGCAGCGGCUCGGCAUCUACAGGUUCCUGCCCUUCUUUUUUGUCCUGGGAGGAACGAUGGAGUGGAUCAUGAUCAAAGUGCGCGUGGGCCAGGAGACCUUCUAUGACGUCUACCGUAGAAAAGCCUCAGAAAGACAGUUUCAGAGAAGGCUGGAAGACGCAUCCGAGACUGAACUUGAGCAGCCAAUAAAGUGAAUGUGAAUCUCCACUACGGGGUCAGCUCCUUUAACAGUGUGCUGUUCAGAUCUCUUGUUCUGUGACACAGCUUGUCUUCUAGCAGAUACACAUUACUCCAAGACGUGCCUUGCAAACAGUCUUCGUAGUUUUGCAGUCUGUUCAAAUGCUUCCUACCUCCCUGCGGGACAGCACUCGGGCGGAAACAUUUCCUCCUCCGACACCCACCAGAGAAUCUAGUCCAUGAAGUAUUUCUUAAGCAAAUCAAGCAUCAGUCAGUACGCCUCUCAGUGCAGCCUGAAUUGUAAAGCCCUUUCUUUUUGGGCCACAAAUGAGAACUAUAUUUUUUUUGACAGAAUUCUAAAUAAAUUAUGGAUAUUUACAUGUUCUCCACUGUGAGAUCACUUAAACCGAAAUAAUUGUGAGAAUUACAUUUCUCCCAGCUUCAAGAAUGUAAGCUUUGUGCUAGUGUGGACUACACAUUCUUCAUGCUGGUGCUCCUGUGAACAGAAAUGGGCCCGUCCUUUGCGUGCCUGGGCUGGGCAUCCACGAGAACUGUAGACAGCAAGCUUCCCACUCCUCUGAGGCAACGCUGCUCUCUCAUCCAGCUAUCCAGCUGCUGUUCCUUCCCUAAGAAAUGACCCUACACAGUGUAAAACAGCCACAUACUAGAACUAAACCAGGGGCUCAAUCUACUGAGAGAGAUUUGGCAUACAUUUGGGACAACUGGUAGAAAAAGUCCCUUUCCCAUGUUUGGAUGACCAUCCAACAUCUUUUCAACAAGACAGUAUCUACACAGUAAAGACGACUACAUCUCAAAACGGUGUUCAGAUACUGUGCAGGAGCAGGCGCGCUGACUCUUCAGGAUACAGUGUAUCCUCAGGUUCAUUGUCUCUGCCAUAAACAUGAUCAUGUCAUCUACGUUUUUCUAGAUAUUUUCCCCCUUAAGUUUGUCCUUUUAUGCUAGAAUCAGUUUAAUGUAAAAUGACUCAGAUCUUAUGAAAAGCACUACCCAGGGCUGACGUGGCGCAGCGGCUUCAGCUGCCACCCGUGACACUGGCAUCCUAUAUGAGCCCCAGUUUGAGAACUGGCUGCUCCACUUUCGAUCCAGCUCCCUGCUAACGUGCCUGGGAAAGCAACGAAAGAUGGCUCAAGUGCUUGGACCCCUGCCACCCACACUGGGAGACCUAGAUGGAGUUAAAAGGCUCCUGGCUUCAGCCCAGCCCCGCCCUGGCCACUGCAGUCAUUUGGGGAGAGAACCAGCAGAUGGAAGAUCUCUAUUCUUCUACCUUUCAAAUCAAUAAAAUAAAUUUUAAACAAACAGAAAGCACUACCUACAGCAAGCUCAGUCACUACCGGGAGACGGUUCUGGAGUGUGAAGGUAAGUGACCAGCACCACCAGGAGGAGGACUGUGGUUCCUGAAUUCUCAUGCCCAGUGUGUCAUCGCGAGUUCCUGGUGAUCCUGACUUACAGAUAUUUUAAUGAUUAGAAGCUACUUAACAAAGUUAACCUGUCACAUGAGUCUCUCAAUCAGAGACGGUCACAUUCCCUAUGUUCUCCCUUGCCCAUAUUUGCUAUUUCUAGAGAAUAUGUCACACACAUACAUUUUACAAAGAUUAACAAAAAGUGUUCAUAAAACCAUUAGCCAACUUCUGCAACUGCUCAGCUCCAUGGUUCCAUGGCUCCUCUCCAGGGAGAAUCACUGGCCUGAAUUUUGUCUUCCUUCACUGGAGUUUUUCUCUCCACUUCUACUCCCUACUCUUUUCUUCUUUCCCUUGCAGUGCUGAUUCACUGAAGGACAACACACUUUAGAAAAUGACAAGAUAAUGUCUGACUUCAAGGCAGGUAGACUAGGGAAGGAACUACUGUAUUCAAUGGAAGAAAUGUUUUCAUAGCACAUUAGGCUAUGAAAGAUGCUGUAAGAACUUACCUUUGUUAAGGUGCAAGCAUUUAACUUUCCCUCAAAAAAUUCUUUAGCUCUUUUUUUUACUAGGAACGUGACACCACCACACUUACCAGAUACUAGAACUGUUUAAGGGAACUUAACAUGGGAAGAACCACAAUGCUCUUAUAUACCGAUUAUAGAAUGCCAAUGGCUCCUAGUAUGAACAUGGGAAAAAAUUUUAACAUAUUUCAAAAACUACAGCACUUAUUCUAGAAUGAUGGAAAACCUAAUUAGCAUUUAUUGUUAACAACCUAUGGCCUUUCUAGUGCUAGGGAAAGACCAUGGGUUUCAGUCUGUCCCCUUAUCUGAACUGACAGGGAAAGUAACUCAGGCACAAACUAAAUAAUAAAUGAAGGUUAUUUUUGUCCACCUGCCAGUUCAAUUAUGGAAGUCUUGCCUAAAUCCCUGAUGUUACAACUUAAUCACACUCAUCUUUCUUUUUAUGUGUUUGCAUUUUUCACACUGAAUUACGUAUCUUUAAAAAAUAUAUAUACUCCUGCAUCACUGUGUUUUGUUCAGCAAUCUAAUCUCCUACUAAGCAGUACCAGUGCUUAGUCUUUACACAUGUAUUAACCUUGGAAUCUCUUGCCACAUUAACACACAAUACACAAGUCAUUAACACCACAAAAUACCCCAAAGGGGAAAGAAACAUUAAUUUGCUCAGCUCUGAACUUUCACUUGGCUGAUCCAGCAUCAUUCCAAACUAAAAAGGAACAGAGUACUAUUCAGCAGUACUGGUUUGCUUAGCAUUCAGCCGGGAUGCUUCCACGUCAAUGGUUGUUCAGAAUAUGCUCCAGCACAGAUGGAAGUCAAGGCCUUAACUCGGGACAGAACCACAGGGAUUUGCAAAGUGAUAUUAGAGGAAAACAGUUGUUUGAUUUUACCAACACUUUCCAUGGAAAGCAUUUUCGUGAAAAGCACUUCUGUUUAAGAACUUAUAGACAUAGCAAAUACACACCUGGGCUACAUGUCUCUUCUGGACACAGACAAGCUAACUCUGAAGUAGGUUAUUCUGCUUUAUGAUAGAGGACAUUCCUCAUCUUCUGCCCUCGUAACUCUCUUCAGUUUUAACUUCAACCCACACUGCUGCCCAAGCUGCGGACAAGUGAGAAUUCC